AUGUUCAUUGUCCCAUCUAGGUUUCUUAGCAAUGGAGGACGUAUUGUGAAGAAGACUGUAGAAACUUUUGAUGACCUCGGAACUGGCUACGACUGCAUUGUGAACUGUACAGGACUGGAAGCAAAGAAGCUUGUGGCUGAUGACCUACUACAUCCGAUCAGAGGUCAGGUAUGUAACUGAAG